UGCGUGCGUGCGUACGUGCGUGCGUGCGUGCGUACGUGCGUACGUGCGUGCGUGCGUGCGUGCGUGCGUGUGUGCGCGUGUGCGUGUGUGUUCGUGCAUGCCGGCGGUUACAUCUCGUCACGUUCGACUCGGUGACGCGCACUCAAUCGCUCGUUCACCGCGCCGGUCGGCGAUGUAAGCAUACACACAGAGGCAAGGGAAAACCGCGCGAGCGCGAGGGGCGGCUGGCACACGGUAAGAAAUCCGGGGGUAAGGCAGCGAGGGGAGGGGAGGCACUGCUUGAGCUCGGCGAACGGAACGGCCGGUGACGGCGGAAGAACUGUUCUUCUCGGCUGCGACGAGGCAGCCGAUGUCAAACAUGCAGCGACGAAUUUCCUGCGUGAGCAGCUCGACCGCAACGGCGACGACGACGACGACGAUAUCGAAAACGAUAAGAACAACGUGGACGACGAGGACGACAAAAACGUCGAGGAGAUCGAGAAAGACGACAACGACAACGGAGAAUUGGCGACGGCGCGUCACGGCUGUGUUUUGCUGCCAGUGAAAGCAUACACUCACGUGCGCGCACGUAUCACACAAGUGACACACAUCUCACACACACACACACACACACACACAAAACGCGCCACACACGCACCGGUGCGCGGCCGCCGAUGACCACGGAUAUAUGGCGGCGCGAGUACUCUUGCUGAGCAUCUUGAUCACAGAAGUGUUGAAACCCGCUUGUGCUGCAGGUGUUAAAGGUAUCGGAGGAAACUUUGGCGGUAGAAACGUAUCCAAAUCAGAUAUCUCCGACGUCGGUCUGACCAAAGGCUCUGGAGUUACAUUGGAAAUUCAACCUGGUGGCCAUGUGAUACUAGGGAAGAAGGGGAUCACGCUUACCUGCAUUGCUGGUUCCAACGAAAAUAUAACCUGGCUUCAUAAUGGAAUACAAGCACCUCCGUGUGGUCUUACUCGCUGUGUUCUUCUUAAGAAUGGCUCUCUUCACUUUCACAAGAAACAAAAUUUACAAAUGCAAAAGUUCAAAGAGAAGGAAAGGAAUAGCAUUGUUAAUGCUAAAAAUCAUAAUAAAGAUGAGUAUCGCUGUGUAGCGAAGAAUAGUUUAGGAGAAUUGAUACGGUCAGCUCCUACAUAUAUUCAGAUAGCAGAACUUGCCCAUGUAUUUAAAGAAUCGCCUGAAAAUAUUACUGUUCGAGAAGGCGAAGUUGCAAGAUUUUCUUGUUUGAUAGACAGUGUUCCUUUCCCACCCGAUAUUACAUGGCAACAUAAUGAAACAUUGUUGUCUUAUCAUAAUGAAUCAAAGUAUUCCGUGGUACCACCAGGUGUUCUGUAUAUAAGUGCAACGAAACUGUCAGAUGCUGGCUCAUAUAGGUGCAUAGUCACUAAUGAAUUUUUAAAGAAGACGAAAAAGAGCAGAGAAGCAAAAUUAACGGUUACCUCGAGAGCAGAGAGCAACAAAUCGCAUACUUCGUCGUCUUUGUUUCCGCAAUUAUCGUACAAUCAUUGGCUGCUUAACGGGUCGAGUCUGAAUUUAGUAUGCGCCGCAUCUGGUUAUCCAUUGCCGCUCAUAACAUGGUCGUUUAUUCCUCGUUACAUAGAUAAUGUUACGCAACCUCGCAUUCUCCUCAAUUCCACCACCGGCAUUGGCGUACUGUCGCUAACAAAUGUGAACAUUUCCAAUGCCGGUGUCUACUUGUGUUCUUCGAAGAAUUCAAUCACCAAUGACUUAGAAGUACAGAAUAUAACCGUAGACAUAUUAAUACCGCCGUCGUUCGUGAAAACGCCAACGAACCAAAUUUGUCCGAAUGGGAGGACAGCGAGGUUUGAGUGUCAGGCGCAAGGAUUACCGGUACCUCAAAUUUAUUGGCUGAAAGACUCGUCAAAUAUUACUAUCAAUGGUCGCAGAACGACUUAUAUUAAGGAAUACAAUAAAAUAGAACUAGCAAUAUCGGCAACAGUACCGAAUGAUACUGGCAUAUACCAGUGUGUAGCAGUGAAUUCAGCGGGUGAAAUUUGGGCCGCUGGCCGGCUCCAAGUGAAUACGUCGCGCAAUAGUCCCGCUGCGCCCACUUCUCUAAAAUGUCAUGCCGUUUCACCAGUUAGAAUUUUAAUUUCUUGGGAACCACCAAAGUCUCUACCAUACACCAGUAUUACAGCUUAUACCGUCCAUUAUAGUCCUGUAGAGGGUGGCAAGGAGGAAGUUUCUCCACCGGAACCAGGAAAUUCUACAUCCGUAGAAGUAACAAAGCUUCUCGAACCGUUUACAAAUUACUCGUUUUACAUACGAGUGUGGAACAAUUAUGGUGCUAGCGAUCAAUCGGCUACCAUUCUGUGUUCCACCGCUCCAAGUGUUCCUAAAGGUGCACCAAAAAUAAAUGUGGAUAUAAUCAGUAGUACAAAGUUAAAUGUAUCAUGGGAGCCUUUGAGUAAGAGGGAAUCUCGUGGCAUUGUGGUAGAAUAUAAACUUCAAUGGAAACUUCACCAACAUCCAUCUUCCAGAGUACUCCACUUACCUGCUGCUAUCGAAUACCACAUACUUUCUGACCUGAUACCUGGAGCACAAUAUGAUCUACGAGUGUUGGCAAGAACAAAGCAGGGCUGGCCAAACAUUAGUGAGACGCAAUUCGAAUGGAUGACCGUGACCAUGCCAUUGCCUGAAACCAAUCAAUUUACUAUAAGGAACGUCGUGGAUAUACAAAUAUUGAUAGUAAACGCUUCGUUAGUCAAGAUGAAAUGGAAGAUAAACUUCAAGCAAAACGAAUCAGAUUUCGAUUCUUGGCAGAUUUACUGCGAAAAUCAAAACGGUGAAAAGUUGAAGACUAUUCUGUUACCGCAGAAUAUCACCGAAUAUCUGUUCACUAAUCUGGAUAUGAAUGUUUCCUAUACCAUGGGUCUGUGUAUGGUAAGCUCGGGUCGAGCAACAGGUUGCUUAACAAGACACAUAGAGACCACACUAUUCGAUCCCGAUGAUAUACCAAUGGCUUUGGAGGCUGUUCCCGUCUCACCCACGUCUAUUAAUGUAACGUGGACGUUGUUGGAUACACAUACUGUAGAUUCGUUCGAGCUUUGUUAUCACGCGGUGCACAUACAAAAUUCCGACAGUUCCAAGUGUUUUAUCAUAGACGAUACGAAGGCAAGCGUUGAUAAGCUGAAGCCUUUUACGUUGUAUCAGUUCAAAGUGCGGUCUAUCAGACACAACACGAAUCAAACCAGUCUCUAUAGCGAGUCUAUAGAGUGUUAUACGAGCGAAGAUGUUCCCGGUAAAGUGGAGAAGGUGGAAUGGUUCUUGGGUAACAAUACUAAAGUACGAAUCGCGUGGAAAGAGCCGAGUAACGUGAACGGAGUAAUACAGAAUUACUUCGUCGCGUACACCAUGGAUCUGACGGAGGCAACGGUGACGUGGGAUAACGUGACUGUGCCCGGCGACAAAACGUCAACGACUCUGCCGGGUCUGGCGCCGGGGAAACGUUACUUCGUUGUGGUACAAGCGUCUACGAAAGCCGGCUACGGCAAACCGUCGGACCCUAUUAUCAUUAUCACCGGCGGCGGCGCGUCGAGGCCCACUUCAUCUGACAAGAAGGAACCCUCGCAAAAUAUCAGUCCCGAUCAGAGUUUAGGUGUGGUCCUCGGAGUGGGCAUAAGCAUCGGUUUCAUCAUGAUAUGCCUGUGUAGUAUAUAUUGUCGGCGUAAGUAUGAAAAUUCCCGUUCGUUUCGCAACGACGUUCAACCUACGAACGGGCGCGUACUACCGCGAAACGGAAACGGUUGCUGCGUCGAGCAAUCCUCCGCGUCCGCGAGCCAACAGGUGAAUGCUACUGGUGGCGCGUCGAACGAGAUCGAAUUGGCUGUGCUGUGUCCAUCAUCUCCGAUCGAGACUAAUCCGCAUUCCGAUGCGAAAGGUGCACAAUCCAAUGGAGUCUUCGAGAGUUGUGUUCGAGAACCUCUGUUGUCGCCGUGGGAGGUAAACGGAGACUCGAAGGAUGUUCACAUCAUGGAAAAUCCUCAGUACAAAAGGAGAGGCAGUUCUGCCUCGGAUAAUCAGCGGGAGGAUGAGGAGGAGCAAGAUUUAGAAGGCACGCAGCUCACAAUGGUCAAUUGUACUUUAGGCAGUAGCGCUAGCAGUUUAAACAACAACUCAGGAUGCCCGGACGAGGACAUCGCAUCGCCGAAAGCCACGUGCGAGACGUCUGUCCCGGUGCUCGGACCGAAUGGGUGAAACAGUGCGUUUGAGCAAUAUACUAAAAGUGUUCAAUAUUUAUCAUCGGGUCCAUCGGAUCGCAGCAGGUAGGAGUACAUGAAUUCUCUCGUUCUCCCACCUACAUCCACAUAAUUGAUACACAGCUUAGGGUUGAUCGAUCCUCCCGAUCGGCGAGACGUGGGAGAACGCAGCAAGAAAAAUAUCAGCACGCUUGAGAGAGAAAGCAAUGUAAAACGGAAGAGUACUAGAGGCUACAACCUCGCAAUAUGUAUGUAUAUAUUAUAUAUAUAUAUAUAUAUAUUUAUAUAUAUAUAUAUAUAUAUAUAUAAUACAACCAAUCUCUAGCUCAUGCGAGCAGGGAUAAUGUCGUCUGGUACACUCACGCCACGGCUGAUGUAAUACCGUUUCGGGUAAUCCAAGUGUGAAUAGUAGUCGCUGCGUUUUGUAUAUAUGACUACGGAGUAAAAUACACUUCGUCACGGGCGGACAGAAAGAAAUGAGGUAGCGCACAAACGUAAGUGAAAACAAACGACAAUUUUCCAAAGACUCACUCUGCAUCGUGCGGUCGGGAAGAGAACCGUAAGAUACGAUGCAGACAAUACUUAAAAAAUGUUUGCCAGAUGCUCGUAUAUAUAAACGAAUACGCGUAUAAGAGAGCGAACUUGUCGGCGAGCUGAAGAUUGAAAUUGAAGAGGGAGAAUACGUAGAAAGAGAGAAACAUAUGCGAAAAGUAAAAAAGGAAAGAACUAGACGGGAAUGAAAUAGCAGGUUUCCAAUAUGCGGUUGUACAUAAGAUAGGAUA